UUUGUUCUGUGUCGUUCAAUUAAAUCGUAAAGUUACAGAUCUGCGUGAAAUCGAAAUCGGAGAAGAUGACGGAGGAUCACAAACACGAAGAACCCGUGACGGCUUCGGAGCCUGCGGUGGAGAUUGUGGAGAGGGAAUCGUUGAUGGACAAGAUAUCGGAGAAGAUCCACCACGGUGGCGGCGAUUCGUCGUCGUCAUCUUCAUCCUCAGACGACGAGGACGACAAGAAGAAGGAGAAGAAGGAGAAACCGUCUUCAAUGAAAUCGAAAGUUUACCGCUUGUUCGGAAGGGAGAAGCCCGUUCACAAAGUUCUCGGUGGUGGAAAACCUGCUGAUAUAUUCAUGUGGAAGGACAAGAAGAUGUCUGGUGGUGUUCUCGGUGGUGCUACAGCUGCGUGGGUUCUGUUUGAGUUGAUGGAGUAUCACGUCCUCACUUUGCUUUGCCAUGUGAUGAUUGUUGUUCUUGCAGUUCUGUUUCUCUGGUCUAAUGCCACCAUGUUCAUUCACAAGUCUCCACCGAAGAUUCCUGAAGUUCAUAUCCCUGAAGAGCCUGUUCUUCAGCUUGCGUCUGGGCUCAGGAUAGAGAUCAACCGUGGGUUCUCUUCUCUUCGUGAGAUUGCAUCUGGAAGGGAUCUCAAGAAGUUCAUCUCUGCUAUUGCUGGCUUGUGGGUUCUAUCAAUCUUGGGAGGAUGGUUCAAUUUCUUGACAUUGGCAUACAUAGCUCUUGUGCUGCUCUUCACGGUGCCUCUUGUCUACGACAAGUAUGAAGACAAAGUCGACCCAUUAGGUGAGAAGGCAAUGAUCGAGAUCAAGAAGCAGUACGCAGUGUUGGACGAGAAGGUGUUGAGCAAGAUCCCAUUGGGCCCGUUGAAGAACAAGAAGAGAGAUUAGAAGGUUCUACGAAAUGGUAAUACGUGGAUAGUAAAAAAAAAAGGGUGUUGUGUAAUGGUGUCAGAAUCUGUGUUGCAUCUUUUUAGUAUGUUAUUUGGUUCUAGUGGAUUGCUGUAUGAAGCUUUAGACCUUUUUUACAGUAUCUUACUACCUCUUCACUCAAUCUGAACUUAGUCCAAUUAUUGCUAAGGAUGAUGUUGAUCUGUGUU